AUGUUUGGAAAGCAAGUUCGCUUUGCUACAGCAGUAUAUUCAGAUGACGAUGACUCGGUCACCAGUGCCACUUCUGAUAGUAGCUAUGUCAAUUCCUCUGACUCCCACAGAUCUACGUGUAGCAACUCUCCGGAGGUAGCAAAACACAAAUUCGAAGGGCCCCUCGCCUGGUGGAGUGGAUAUACCCCAUUGGACUCAUGGAUUCUGCCCAUACUUUUCCAGAUCCCGAGGUUUAAGGGCCUGAUCGGAGUGGAACCUUAUAUAAGGUUCAAACAAUAUAAAUUGGCUGAUGAGGUGCGGUUGAGCGAAGAGUGGACAAAUGAUCCCAUUGCAAACAGGGACAUAAGAUAUGACAUGUGCUUUUUCGGAGAAUUUGAUGAAGUUACAAGCAUGCUAGCUGAUAUCCAUGUCCUUGACAUGGCUCACGGUACUGCCAUUGCAGCAAAGGCCAUUUCACGAUCCCGGGGACUCACCAACUUGGACCGGUCACCUCUCGGUCGUAUACAGGUGAAUAGUGGUUCCAUAGAUGAAUGCAUGCAUGAAGAUAAGGGGCCGGAUAGAUCCGCGGAUGAUACCGCUGGAUCACUAACAAUGGACCCUUAUGAUUGUGGGUGGGAGGACGCACCGGCUGCAGAAGAUCUCAUCUCGAGCUUGUUCUCAGGAGAGCAAGCAGAUCCAUACGACUGCGGAUGGGAUGAUCACAUGGAAGUCAAUACACCGGGAGUGAAGGAAGACUUAAACAACUUUGAACGGGAGGAUGAGUCGAAGAAAGGUCUGGUACCGGGUCUGCCUAUGGUUGAGGAAGAAGAUGCGUACGACUGCGGAUGGGAGGAUGCUGUAGAUGCGCAACCCAUGGCCUCGUCGAUGACUCUCAGCCAUCAAGACGAUGCAUACGAUUGUGGAUGGGAGGAUCGACCGGAUGAUGGUGCGGUGCUCACAGACUUGGUUAUGACAGUUGAAUGCCCAGAAGAUCCAUACGACUGCGGAUGGGGGGAUCAGCAGGAUGAUGGUGCAGCAUUCAUCUCCAGUGUUGCAACAGAAGACCUGUAUGAUUGCGGAUGGGAGGAAGAAAAAGAUGCCGACAGUGCGUCCCCAAUUGCGAUUCCGGAGGACCCUUAUGACUGCGGAUGGGGAAGUGAUGCCGACAACCAGGAUAUUGCAUCACGACAUGACCCUCAAAACGGACAAAUUGGUCGCCGGACGAACAGUCCGACGCCGAUGGAUGGGCUCUAUAUAAUCGACUUGACAUCGUCUUCUGGAUCUCCCAAAUCAACAAGAGAAGCAAGAUAUGAGCCGAUGAGCAUAGAGAUACCAGAAGUAAUCGACCUCACGUCAGACACUGGAUCAUCUUCACACGGAGUGUCCCAACGGAACACAUUUCAGGAUGCCAGCUGGUCGAUGCACCGUGGCAUCCAGCGCCUGAACAGCAUUGGAACUGAUCAGCGAAAUGCAUCUACACAAAAUAUGGUCACGCAAAAUCCUGCUGGCAUGCCCGACUCACUUUCGGCAGCCACAUUGAGGGCGAACCAAAGGCUCAUAGGUGCAUACACAGAUGCGCGGGACAGAGUGACAGAGCUCGGUGAGGAUGUUGUUGCAAUCUACCGAUUGCUGGACAUCCACAGGCGCAUUAUGGAUCCGUUGGAUGCCAUGAUAACAAACCUUCAGGAAGGUAAUCAGUAG